AUGGCGGAAGGCAGUCAGGGACCAACUCACGCUUUAUACAUUGCAGAAGACAAAGCAGGAUUAGACUUCACCACACGAUCUGAGGCAGGGGAGAGUGGCGGGGGGGCAACAGCGACACCUGAUCAGAGCAUCUUCACCACCCGGGUCCAUCCUCCUCCCACCGCCACCGGCCUCCAAUCUACAGACGCGCAGAGAUCUCCAAAGCCGUUGCUCUCUUACGUCGCCCUGAUCGCCAAGGUAAUCCUCUCCUCUCCAUCCCAGAAGCUCAACCUGGGGUCCAUCUACAAAGUCAUGGUGGAGCGGUUCCCCCACCUGAAGAGCCGGGGCCCCGGCUGGAGGAACAGCGUCCGCCACAACCUGUCCGUGAACGACUGCUUCGUCAAGGUGGGCCGCUGCGAGGACGGUCGCGGCCACUACUGGGGGGUCCAUCCGGCUCACCUGAAAGACUUCCAGCAUGGGAAUUUCAAGCGGCAUCGGAACACCAGAGGGAGGAGGAGGAGGGAGCAGAGUGCGACUUGGAUGGACACCGAUUGCCAAUUGCUUGGAAGGUUGUCCGGGAACAGAUGGGAGUCUGGGCUUUGGGUGGAGGAUCAACGCCCCCUGGAGGAUCCGAAAAGGCAGCAGGGGUCUCUGGACUGGAUCAGACCAUGUCAGGAGCCCUGGAGCGUCAGCGUGGGUCUACUGAAGCUCCCCGGCUCGAUGAGAACCCGUCAGAGCCCAGCCCGCAGCCUCCUCAGCCACUCCGACAACGGCAUGGAGAAAACAGCUAACGGAGGCUCCUGCGGUGGGCCGAGUUGUGAAAACUGGCAAAGCCUUCUUCACAAGCAGGUCUUUCUGGCUAUGAUGAGUCCUCAUCAGAUGCAGCAGCUUCUGUCCCCCGGCCAGCUGCAGGCUGUCAUCCAGCAGAAGCAGCACGCCCUCCUCCUGCAGCAGCAACACCUGAAAGAGUUCUACAAGAAACAGCAACAACAGAUUCAGCUACUUCAACAGCAGCCCGGCAAGAAAGCAAAGGGCCCGGUGCAGCAGCUGGUGCUGCAGCAGCUGCUCCACCAGCAGCAGCAGCACCACCAUCAGCAGCAGCAGCUCCUCCUGCUGCUGCCACAGAAGCCGGCCCCCUCUGCACCGGCCCCUCCACCAGUCCAUCUCAGCCUUGCAGAGAUGCAGCAGAUAUGGAAAGAGCUCACAUUUGGAGCGUCAGAAGACGGAGGAAAAUGGAAAAGCACCCCGGCUCCAUCUGCUCAGAAAGUCGUAUUAGGGGGAGUGACCGGUGACCGGAGCGGUGACCAGCGGCCUCUCUCCCCCCUCGGGUUAGAGUGCUCUGCUGCACACGCUCUCUUUGGUCACGGGGUUUGUAAUUGGCCUGGCUGCGACUCGGCCUGUGAAAACCUCACUCAGUUUAUCAGGCACAUAAGCAGGGAACACUCUCUGGAUGACAGAAGCACAGCACAGUGCCGAGUCCAGAUGCAGGUGGUCCAGCAGCUGGAGCUCCAGCUCUGUAAAGAACGGGAGCGUCUGCGGGCGAUGAUGGCUCACCUGCAGAUGGCCUCGCCGGACUCUCCGCCCACUCAGUCUGACCCGGCCACUGACCCUCCAGGCCCGCGCGGUGAUGGCCGGAUCAGCCCAGACCCCGCUGGUUUGCCCCCCCAAUCCCUGGACUCUGUCAGCCCCGGAUCGGAGGGUUGUGCAGAAGAGCCGGAAACCCGUGAACUGUGCUCCGGGCCCAUGAGACACCAUCAUCAUCAUCAUCAUCAUCAUCAUCAUCCCCCCCCGCUGGCCUUCCCUCUGUCCUCAGAAAACGAGUACGAGCUUUACAAGAACACUGAUAUCCGACCGCCUUUCACCUAUGCCACACUGAUUCGACAGGCUAUUAUGGAGGCAUCAGACAUGCAGCUGACGCUUAAUGAGAUAUACAACUGGUUCACCAGGACGUUUGCCUAUUUCCGACGCAACGCCGCCACUUGGAAGAACGCAGUCCGCCACAACCUGAGCCUGCACAAGUGCUUUGUGCGGGUGGAGAACGUGAAGGGGGCGGUGUGGACGGUGGACGAGGACGAGUACCAGAGGAGGAGAUCCCAGAAGAUGGCAGGAAACCCAUCACUGAUGAAAACCGUGUCUUCCAAACAUUCUUUUGGACCCUCUCUUCGUGCCACCUUACAGGUUGCUCUGGCGGAGGCCUCGCCGCCGGGCGGCCAGAAGCAGAGCGUGAGCCGAAACCUGAGGAGCCACUUCCAGCAGAGCCAAGCGGCCGACAGGAAAAGCCCCAGAGAGCAGGACUUCCCUCCUCAAAUGCAGCAGCAACUUUUGCUAAAGGACGAAGAGCUGGGCGGGGAUGACCAGGACUGUCUGCUUCAGAGGAUGGAACCGCUCAGUCUGCAGCGCGACGGGACCGGGAGGGCUGCCUUUGAUUCGCCGUCAGCCUCCGGGAUGACAUCUCCCUCCGCCUGCCGGUUGGGUUUCGGCGUGGAAGCUCCACGACUUCAUCAGCCCGGCUGGUGCCUGGCUUUGAUGUGCCGCCGGCGUGUGUUUGUCAGUGGAACACUUUUGACAGGACUGAGUCUAAACGGGCUGGUCUGA